AUUACAAAGAUACCUGAAAGUAACUGCUCUGUUUUUAUUGUCCCAAUGGCCUUUAAUUACACCUGUAGGCUAACAUUGUAUACAACUGCAACUCGCCUAUCAUGCAGCUGGUGAUAAGCACACAAGUUAAACUUGAGACUUUAAAGUUGUUUGGUUUGUUAAUGAUCAGCUCAGUCUGUUUCCUGAUAGCGAGAUAUUCCAGUCAGUGUGCACAUGUCCCGUGACAUCUCCUGCUCCAUGAUAGGACGUUGCUAAUGGAAACAUAUCUGUGGGGAGUGAUUAGGUCAGAGUCUAAACACCAAACUCUAACUAUGUUCUGCUGUUGUCAAAAACAUUUGGAAUUGAAAACUCCAAAAGCCAGAUCUGCAGCACACAGGAAACAAAGUGAGCACAUCUGUGCAUGCUAACAGUCGACCGAAAGGACAAAUCAUUUUAUUUGAGGACUUCGAUCACUGCACUCCGAGUGGAGCUGAGUUGUUGACACACACGACAGGUGCUGCCUCCUCAACAGACGAUACUCCAUCUAAAUUGGGCCAAUCCAGCUUUACUUCUGACUGUAUUCCCAUGGCUGCAUCGUGUGGCUCUGCUGGCCUGAUUGUUGGUGUUCUAGCACUCCUUGCUGUCGCGUAUGAAUGUAAACGGGACAACGCUGAGUUGCAGAAGAAAAUUGUAUUGCGUGAAAAUGAAUUACAAAAGAGGAAGACAGAAGAACAGGAAAUGGCACAGGUGGUUAUCACACUACAGGAACCAGCCAGAGGACUGGAGGAGAUGAGACAGAAAAAAUUUCAGAAAGCCAGUAUGCCUUCUGUGCCACAUGAUCGGAUGAAAAGGGGCAAAGCUGAGUUCCAGAAGAAAAUUGUAUUGCGUGAAAAUGAAUUACAAAAGAGGAAGACAGAAGAACAGGAAAUGGCACAGGUGGUUAUCACACUACAGGAACCAGCCAGAGGACUGGAGGAGAUGAGACAGAAAAAAUUUCAGAAAGCCAGUAUGCCUUCUGUGCCACAUGAUCGGAUGAAAAGGGGCAAAGCUGAGUUCCAGAAGAAAAUUGUAUUGCGUGAAAAUGAAUUACAAAAGAGGAAGACAGAAGAACAGGAAAUGGCACAGGUGGUUAUCACACUACAGGAACCAGCCAGAGGACUGGAGGAGAUGAGACAGAAAAAAUUUCAGAAAGCCAGUAUGCCUUCUGUGCCACAUGAUCGGAUGAAAAGGGCUGCCUCCUCAGCAGAUGAUACUCCAUCUACGUUUGCCCAAUCUGGAUUUACUUCUGACUGUAUUCCCAUGGCUGUGGCGUGUGGCUCUGCUGGCCUGAUUGUUGGUGUUUUAGUAGUUCUUGCUGUCGUGUAUAAAUGUAAACGCGAGAAAGCAGAGUCGGUGAAGAGAAACACACAGCUUCAAAAGGAGUCGCUGAAGACAGAGGAAGAGCGAGAAGACGUGGUCAACACACUGAUGGAGUUGAAUACUGAACUGGAGAACCAGAGGGGUCGACUCAAAGAGCUCCUGGAGGAGGUGGAGGGGGAGCGGGAAGUAAACAAGCAGAAUCUCCAGGCUGUGGAGAAGGAAAUAACAGAGCGAGAGGCGGCGUUUGACAAACCGGAGGAACUACUAAGAGAAAAAGAAGACCUACUGCAAGCCCAGUGGAAACUGGACCAGACAAAGAAAGAUAAUGAGAGACAGCUGCUCAACACUGAGAGACUGCUGGAGGCAAUAGAGAUCCAGGUUAAUAAAAUACACAGAAAGAAGGAAGAAGACUUUGGGUAAAGUACUCCGAGGGAAAAAAGUCAAUAUAUGUAACUUAAAGCCACCAAAAGUCUAAAAGAUAAACUUAAUUAUUACUAUAGUAUGUCAGGGAACAGCCUUAAAUAUAAAACAGAUGAAUUGAUUCAUGCUCCAUUGCUUACUCGAGAUACCGGAUGAGAAGAAUACAUUUUUAUGUUUAAAUAUUUUAAAAUGCUUGAUUUAUUACAUCACCAUGUAAGAAAAUCUGUUUUAGCUUAUAUUUUGUUACUCUUUUAAAAAGGACCUACAAAUAUGUGUACAUUUUCUAUAUAAAAUGCUUUUUGCAAUGACUGUGUGCUGCUUUUGUUUCUGUAUCAUCUGGUCUGUGGUCAGUUUAUUUAGUGUGCAGCAGAGAUUAAGAAAUGUGUGAACAUUUUGAACAAGCCUUCAUCUCCUGAAUGAAAAACAAAUUCCAAUCAACAUGAAAUGGUGAAGGGUGUUAAAGGAAGCAGACGCUGAGCUCCAGUUUACAGUGCGGAGACUGGCCUAAGAUUAAAUAUUAACCAGUCAGUGCUGUUGACUCUAAUAUAAAAACCAGCAGCCUGCAACUCCUGACAUCUAUUGUGAUGUUGUUUGCAUUGUAUUAUAUUUUGUUUUCUACAUAAUUGUAAAUGCUGAACUUAAAUGAUUUCCUACAGCUGUGGAUGGAUCUUUUACAGUCUACUUAAGGAUCGAAGCAUAAAAGCCAAAAGGUCAGCAGAAAUGUCCUUAGUACACCCCGGAACUGGCUUCAAUGCAAAACUACAGAUGAAUUCAUGUAUGCAUGCUUGGACUAAACAAAAAUAAUUAAGUGUAGCUUGAAAUUGUAUGAAACAGUGUACAACAUUAAAAGGGCUGUAUUAUCACUAGGUGCAGCUGAAGUUCAUGUAUGAUGGAUGUUACAAAAUCAAUUAGAUAUAACUGAUUGUAUGCAGACAAAUAUGUGUAUAGGGAUAAGAUUUUUAAUAACAUAUAUGGGUGUUUAUAUAAGGUGUAUGAACUGAGCUUCUUUGGGAUUUGAUUUGUUUGGCAUUUAGUAUCGUCACUGGUAU